AUGUCCUCUACUGAAAGCUCUGAUAUUCAAUUUGCGCUUAAUAUUAAACAUUCCUUUUAUGAAGAGGUGUUAAGAAUCGUACCUCCUUACCCCUUAACACUAACAGUAGAGGAGUUAGUUUCUCCUUCGUUCACUUCUCGGCGCGCGUCGCAAUACUGGAGAAACCCUGAAACGUCGAAACCACCGAGGCCGCCCAAUGCGUAUAUUUUAUUUCGAAAAAACUAUCACGCAGAAGUUAAACAAUCAGGAAAACACGUCACACUUAAAGAAAUUUCGAAUUUAACCUCUCAAAAAUGGGAGAUCCAAAACACGUCAGUGAAGUAUUAUUUCGAAAUUCUCGCUGAAGCAGCGAGAGAAAAGCACAUUGAACGAUACCCAAAAUAUAAAUAUUCCCCUAAGAGAAAAAAUAAAUCAAAGGAAAUAUCGAAAAAUAAUAUCGAGGCCAAUACUGGCCAAACCUUUCCGAAUCUCGAUUUGCCCCUGAAUGGGGCUUAUUAUAUCGAAAAUUAUAAUACGAUGAAUAACGAAAAUGAAAUUUUUAUCAAAAAUUAUAAUACGACGAAUAACGAAAAUGAAAUUUUUUUCAAAAUGCUUUAUGAAUGUACAUAUUUAUAUUAA